CGCCCAGCGCAAGCGAGACUUCCGGCUGUAACCGCUGGAGGCUUCUGCUGACGGAGUCGGAACGUGCGGAGACCAGGAUGGUGUUGCUCGAGAGCGAGCAGUUCCUGACGGAGCUGACCAGGCUCUUCCAGAAGUGCCGGUCGUCGGGCAGCGUGUUCAUCACCCUGAAGAAGUAUGAUGGUCGCACCAAACCCAUUCCAAGGAAGAGUUCUGUGGAGGGCCUCGAGCCUGCAGAAAACAAGUGUCUGUUAAGAGCCACGGAUGGGAAAAGGAAGAUCAGUACCGUGGUGAGUUCCAAAGAAGUGAAUAAGUUUCAGAUGGCCUAUUCAAAUCUACUGAGAGCCAACAUGGAUGGGCUGAAGAAGAGGGACAAGAAGAACAAGAGUAAGAAGAGUAAACCAGCACAGUGACAGGCGUGGCCCCUACCAAUCAGCCACACAAGUGCAGUUUUCCUGUUUGCUGCUUUCAGCACCUCUGUAUAUAACUGUUUUCACAGAAGGGUCCUUUAAGAAAGAAGGAUUGGAAUGGUCAUGGGCUAGUUGUGGUAAGAAGCCAGUUUUUGAUUUGUGCUGUAUGGCUGGAUAUUCUUAGAUUCUAGCCAUAAGGUUUCUAGUCAUCUUUGAGGAGCUAUGCAUCGUUAUUCUCCAGGCUAGCUGCUGCUUUUCCUACCCUAUUUAUGACCAUAACUACUAACUCUAGAUGGUACAGUUACUCAGUGAUUUUUACCUUGUCUUUGAGAUUACUGUAAUAGUUUUACUAAAAGUUGUGUUAUCCUACAGGUGGGUUGUUUUCUUGGUUGUAUAAUUUAAAAUAAAAAAAAAUUACAUUUAGUUAUUUUGUA